AUGCCUUAUUAUCAAACAUGGGAAGAGUUCGCUCGUGCAGCAGAAAAACUAUAUUUGAAAGAGCCAAUGAAGGUAACGUUAACCACGACAUUUUUCUGUUGAGAGCAAGCUUGAAAUCUUGCUAGCUACUGUAACUUGUUACCUAGCAACAUUUAUUUAGUAAUGGUUAUUUCACAGCACAAAUAAAUGUGAUGGACCAUAAUAACCAUCACCGUUGGGGUGAUAUGAAGUCUAGAGGAGCAGGAUAGCUAGCUUGCCAUUUUCAAGCAAUGCAGCCAGCUAACGCGAAGCCAAUUUAACGUUAGGUAACGUUAAAUAUGCUGGCAAAUGUGAAUAGGAAGGAAAACUACAAACUGCCUAAUAGUAACGUUAGUCAACUGUUGAAAUGUGUGAGUAUCAUUAAGAUAAUCAACCAUGUUGUAAUACAUGUAGCUCUAUGUUUGUUGCAUAUUCUUUUAAUUCAAUAAAUAGGCUGUCUUUCAGUUACCUUUGUUGUAACGAGCUAGCUAGUUAAAUGUUUUCUUCUCCCUCCUUUUAAUACAGGUCAGGGUGGUUCUCAAAUACAGACACUGUGAUGGUAACCUUUGCAUCAAAGUCACCGAUGAUGCAGUGGUAUGUUCAGGAGAAGACUGUCUGCUCCCUUUGCUCAGAAUGUGCACAUCUGUUUGUAUCUUACAUUACACUAACCAGUCGUCCCUUUAAGAAUCAGAGAGUGGAAGACUUACAUGUAUCUAACAUGUAGGCUCAACAUUUCCGAACAGUCCCAUUACAAAUCAGAAUGUUGAAUAAACUUAUAUUUUGGAUUUAGACUGUAUAUAGAAAAGCACCCCUUAAAAUGAGUGGAUUCAGCUAUUUCAGCCACACCCGUUGCUGACAGGUGUAUAAAAUCGAGCACACCGCCAUGCAAUCUCCAUAGACAAACAUUUGCAGUAGAAUGGCCUUACUGAAGAACUCAGUGACUUAACGUGGCACAGUCAUAGGAUGCCACCUUUCCAACAAGUCAGUUCGUCAAAUUGCUGUCCUGCUAGAGCUGCCCCGGUCAACUGUAAUUGCUGUUAUUGUGAAGUGGAAACUUCUAGGAGCAACAACUGCUCAGCCACGACGUGGUAGGCCACAUAAGCUCACAGAACGGGACCGCCGAGUGGUGAAGCGCGUAGUGCGUAAAAAUCGUCUGUCCUCAGUUGCAACACUCACUACCGAGUUCCAAAUUGCCUCUGGAAGGAACGUCAGCACAAGCACUGUUCGUCAGGAGCUUCAUGAAAUGGGUUUCCAUAUCCGAGCAGGCGCGCACACAAGCCUAAGAUCAUCAUGCGCAAUGCCAAGCGUCGGCUGGAGUGGUGUAAAGCUCGCCUCAUUGGAAACGCGUUCUCUGGAGUGAUGAAUCAUGCCCUUUCCUGUUUAAGGAAAUGUGCUUUGGUCGACAAUGUUCGGUUACAUUUGACUAUUGUUUACAAUAUGUGCAAUGCGUUAGGAGAUUGAAAAUACAAGCAGACAGAGCCAUAUACAGACCGCCACACCAAAAAGUUGUUAAAAUGUCCACAGGAAAGUAUUAUCUCCACUACCUACCGUCAAAGUACUAACUGCACAGACAACUGGCAAAGUAUGUUUUUCAAUAUGUAUUCAACAUUUAGGCUUGUAGAGACUCUUGAGUCUUUUUUUGGGGGGGGGUGACUUCUUUGACUGAAUAUCCAUGGUUAGUCUGAUGUAUAGAGUACCACAGUAUGAGUCAUAAAUACCCAUAAUACCUAGCGGUGAAACAGAAAUGGUUCCAAUUGUUUUUCCACCAUUUUCUCCAUAGGGGAUUUUAGAAACGCUUAAAAUAAGGGCUGUGAUUCAUGUAGGCUUACCCUGGCAUGACGUUUGAUAACUGUGUAAAUCUCUCUAGGACAAGGUGACUUUUAUCAAUAUAUUCGCCUGUAUUUAACCCCCCCCCCCCCACACCCAAAUAAAUAAAUAAAUGAAAUGCUAAUUGGCUGCUAAUGUGGCUAUCAUAAACUACAAAUGCCAUGAUCUGGACUAGACUGCCGAAUCGAGGCAAAGGUAAGAAUCUCUGGAUUAACUAUCUAAUGUUAGCUAAAUGUGAUAAUAAAUAAAUUGGCUAAAUAUCUUUAAAUUGACAAUUCUGUGAACUGUCUUGUGCAAGUUAUACAUUGACACAAUACCUGUUAGCAAAGAUGUCAGCUAGAGAUGACGUGCAGGAGCUUGCAGGGAUUUGUUGUUUUGCAUGAUGUCUACUUUGAUGCUAAUUAGCAUUUUUCGAAUAUGAGAGUAAAUGGAGCCGACUAGAUUGAUAAGUCACCUUGUCUGCUAAAUGACUAAAAUGUAAAAAACAUUGUCCAAGAGAGAUUUAAAAUGUCUCGCCAGGGUAAGCCUACAUGAAACACAGCCCUUAUUUUAAGUGUUUCUAAAAUUCCCUUUGGGAAAAAUGAAUGGUGGAAAAACAAUUGGAACCAUUUCCCUGUUUGACCGCUAGGUUUUAUGGGUAUUAUUACACCUCCACUGUGGGGCUCUAUUAGGCAAACUAACCAGUUGCUUGUAAGACUUUUAAGACAUGUUUUUAUUUUUGUAUAUAACAAAUGUUGGCUUCAUGUCUUUCCCUCUACCUAAUCCACGACUCAUUCUAAUGUUUUAUUGCAGUGUUUACAAUACAAGACGGACCAGGCCCAGGACGUUAAGAAGAUAGAGAAACUGCAUGGCAAACUGAUGAGGCUUAUGGUGUCCAAGGAAAGUGGUGCCAUGGAAAUGGAUUGA